AUGUCUUCGUCCUCUCUCUUUAUCACAUUUUUACUUCGCGAUUACGCAAAAUUACUGGAAAGCGCGGAAGACCACGACACCACCAUUAAAGUCGUGAAAGAUGAUAAUUCUAAGGUGUUUCGUGCACACUCGGUGAUUUUGCGUUCGAGAUCGCUGUAUUUUCAAAAGGUUUUGUCCAAAGAGAAUAUUAAUCUGUUGGCGGCGGAGCUUAGAAGUAAUGGCAAUCCGAAACCUCGUAAACCAAAGGUGACUUCGAUUACGAUGGAAAAUAUCUCACCGUUUGCUUUUGAAACUCUUUUAAGGUAUAUGUAUAUUGGUACUCUGGAAUACGAAAAUUAUAAAGCUUUGGACGUGCUCGAUAUUCUGACCACUGCGAAUCAAUUAGGACUCGCAGAACUAGUAGAUAUUUUACAAGAUUACCUGAUUGAACGUAAAACCGGAUGGCUUCAGAUGAAUUUCGCAGCGACAUAUAACGCAGCUUUUAGACAGCCCUCACUCCCGAAAUUACAAAAAUUUUGCAAUAAAAUUAUUGAUAAAUCACCGGCGACCAUUUUACGCGCUCUCGAUUUCAACAAUUUGGCGCCGGAUUUUGUGGUUUCACUGUUAGAACGAGAGGAUUUAGUCGAGCUUGAAGAGAUACAUAUCUGGAACAAGCUUAUCGAGUGGGGAAUCGCGCAAACGCCGUAUCUUCCUGCAGAUAUUUCGGAAUGGUCUUCCGCUGAAUUCAUCAUUUUACGCACAACGCUUCGACCAUUCUUUCCUCUUGUGCGAUAUCUAGAUAUUUCGCCCGAAGAUUUUGAUGAGAGAGUUAAACCGUAUCAACCAAUUUUUCCAAAUCAACUUUAUCUUGAUAUCACUAAGGUGCACUCAGAUCCAGAAUACAAGCCACUCACCUCGAUUUUGCCCUCACGCGCACCUUCUUUCAAAAUAAAUUCUGUGCUGAUAAAUCCUAAACACGCGGCCUGGUUAGCAAGCUGUAUUAAUCGAAAAGAUGAAGAUAGUCUAAUUGAGAAUGGGGAGACAGACGAGAUCACCACCAUUGGAGCAACCACAUACGAAUUCAAGCUUCUCUUACGAGGAAGUCGUGACGGAUUCACGCCAGAAGAAUUUCAUCGCCUUUGCGACAAGCAAGGACCAACCAUCACGGUCAUAAAGGUCAACGAAACCGGGCAAUUGAUUGGCGGCUAUAAUCCGUUCAGUUGGCUCUCACAUAAUCCCAUCAAAUGGAAUAAAACGAGCGACAGUUUUAUUUUCUCACUUGGUGACGAUAAUUUAAAUGACGCGAUCCUUAGUCGCGUCGAGAAUCCCGAAUACGCCAUAUGUCAAGAUGCGACGGAGGGUCCUUCUUUCGGUGUUGACAUCGUGCUACGUGGCGAUUUUAAAGAACCGAAACAAUGUUACUGUAAUAAGAAUAUCUAUGAGUAUAGUAUUAUGAAAGGGGCGGAUCAUGCGCAAGUGUAUUUUGCAAUAGAAGAAUAUGAAAUCUUUCAAGUUAUAAAGAAGAGAGCAUAG